AUGUGGUCAAUGUCGUCCCAAUAUGGCAUGUCGAAUGCAUUUGGGAUGCCUUAUCAACAAGGAAAUUUCAUGCCGACUGGAUUCUCUAGUAGCCCCAUUGAAGUCUCAAGACCUUGCACGAUCCCGGAGGUUGAAGGACUCGACAACAUUUGCCUUGAUACAGAUUCAGAAAAAACCAAAGAAGUUGAGCCUAAAAGACGGGGUAAAGCGACAACAAUGCCGUGGACACAUGAUGAGGAUGUUUUACUAUGUCGAGCUUUCUGUACCAUCUCAAGUGAUCCGGUCAUUGGCCCUCAGGAAACGUCCGAAGGUUUUUGGAGGCGAAUUGUACAAUACUAUAAUGAAGCCGGUGAAGCACGAAACCUCACUCAGAGAACUAUGGAGUCAGCAAAAUCUCAUUUUUAUGCGUUUCAUGAAGAUUGCCUAAAAUUUAAUGCGUCAAUAAACAGACAACCCGAGGAGGAAAGAAAGCCAGAAUAUCUGAUACUGGAGAUCACACUGCUGGCUCUGGGCAAGAUGUCGAGCCUAGUGGUGAUGGUGAGGACAGAUGUGUGCGUCCACCAAUUGGCCAAAAAGCAGCAAAGGCUGGGAAGAGAAAGAGAAAAGCAACUGCAGGAGGAAGCACCGGUGCAUAUGUCGACCGUCUGUUAG